UUUCGUAAACAAACGAAAAAUGUGGAGUCUCACGCGAAUUUAUUCCAAAAACAUUUUCCAAACUUGUCGACUUUAUCACACGGUGAUAAGACUCAAGGGUCUUCCAUGGACCGUCACAAAUCAGGAUAUCGAGAAAUUCCUCAAGGACAUCAAGCCAAAAGAGAAUGGAAUCCAUUUGGAAAGGCUCCCUCAUUAUCGCCGACUUGCCGGAAAACUCACGGGAAACGCUUUCAUUGAAUUUGACAACGAAAAAGAUUUCAUCUCAGCACUCAAGCUGAACAAAAAGCACAUUGGCGAACGUUAUAUCGAAGUUGAGCCCGAAACUCUUGGAAAUUUCAAAUUUGCAAUGCGCAAACAGGAAGGCAUGAUGAACGAUAAUGUCGUAAAACUCCGAGGAUUGCCGUUCGAAGCUACAGUUGAAGAUGUCGAGAAAUUCUUCGAAGGUUUGAAGCUGAAAAAUGGUCGAGAUAGCAUUUUUCUAUACACGACAAAGUCAGGAAAUACACAUUCAACCGGAUAUGUGGAAUUUGUCUCGAAGGAAGAGGCGUUGAAGGCUUUGGAGAGAGAUAGACAGAAACUUGGAAGAAGGUACAUUGAGGUUUUUCACGCUACAUCUAAGAAUCAAAAAGCAACUUUAGCGUUAAAUGCUGUAAAAGAUAUGAAAAUCAAAAAGGAAGAAAUAUCCUAAAAUGAUAAAAAUUUAGAAGUUUUAUGAAAAUUUAGAGUAAAAAUUAAUGGAAAAAUUUUUUUUAAUUAUUUUUUGAUGAAUGAGGCUCAUAACUGAAUGUCUAAAGGCGUUGUUCAUUUGUCUGUUUUUGCAAAGAAAUUAGU